CUGAACACAAACACCACAGAAGAAGCAGCAGCUUCGGGAAGGUCGGACGGCAAGAUGGCGGCUUCCGCAGUGCGAGCGAUCGGAUCUAAUGUCAGUAAAAAUCUGAGAGAAAUCCGCCUUCAUUUCUGUCAGACUUCAGCUGCAAGUCAGGGCGCGAGGGAUUUUGUACAGCAGCACUAUGUGACCCUGAAGAACUUGAAUCCUGACUUUCCCAUCCUGAUCAGAGAAUGUUCUGGUGUUCAGCCUCGACUGUGGGCAAGAUACGCGUUUGGUAAAGAGCAGAGUGUUCCUCUGGACAACAUGAGCGCUGAUCAGGUGGCUAAAGUUCUGGAGAACGCCGUCAAGGUGACAUCCUGAGUCGUGUUCUUCAGCUUCCUCUAAAGUGGAUGUGGACGUGUGUGUAAAACUGUAAUUAAAGUUUAAUAAAAUGUCUCAUUAAAGCGUCUUUAUGAUGUUCUAAA